AACACGAAACAAGUUCAACGACAUGAUGGAGUUGAACAUCCCAUCCACACUCAUAGCUCUACUUUCAUUUCUCCUCUUACUCUUCACCUUUCUCAAAUCGCGACGAAUCACAAAAUCUGCAAACAGCUACUCACACUUCCCAGGUCCCAAAGCGCUCCCCCUCAUCGGAAACCUGCACCUCAUGGUAGGCGCCGCCUUGCCCCACCACUUCUUCAGAGACCUCGCCGCCAAAUACGGCCGCCUGAUGCACCUGCAGCUCGGCGAGAUCCACUUCCUCAUCGUCUCCUCCGUGGAUCUCGCCAAGCAAGUGGUGAAAACGCACGACAUCAACUUCGCCAACCGGCCCCCGGGGCUGGCGGCGGAGACGCUCUCCUACCAUUACACCGACGUCGUCAUCUCCCCCUACAGCGACCAGUGGCGGCAGCUGCGCAAGAUCUGCACGCUCGAGCUCCUCAGCGCGCGCCGCGUGCAGUCCUUCCGCCCCAUCCGAGUGGAGGAGAAUUUGAAUCUGUGCAGAUCGAUCGCUUCCUGCGAGGGAUCGCCGGCGAAUCUCUCGGACAAGCUCGCCCUCGCCUCGUACGACGUGAUCACGAGGGCGGCGGUCGGGGCGAAAACGAAGGAGCGCGAGAUGGUGACGGCGCUGGUUCUGGAUUCUCUACGGCUGGGGUCGGGAUUCAUGAUAGCCGAUCUCUAUCCUUCAAUCAAAUUGCUGCCGUUGAUCACUGGAGCCCAGUUCAGGAUCCAACGAAUACACCAUAGAUUAGACCGGCUGUUUGAUACCAUCAUCAAGCAGCAUAAAUCCGCGGCCAAAAUUGAUGAUGAUGAUGAUUCGAUUGAAGAUCUGGUUGAUGUUCUCCUCAAAGUUCAAAAAGAUGGGAGUCUAACUACUGAGACCAUCAAAGCAGUGCUCUUGAAUAUGUUCACUGCUGGAACUGACACUUCAACCACUGCCAUAGAAUGGGCAAUGUCAGAAAUGAUAAAAAACCCUAGCAAGCUCAACAAAGCACAAGAAGAAGUAAGAAAGGUUUUCGACAACAAGGGAUACGUAGAAGAAGACAAGUUUGAUGAGCUCAAAUACCUCAAAUUGAUCAUCAAGGAGACUCUGAGAUUGCAUCCACCAGUUCCACUUUUAAUCCCCAGAAUGAGUUCCCAGAGAUGUGAAAUCGAUGGAUACGAAAUCCCAGCAAAAACCAGAGUGAUAGUGAAUGCAUGGGCACUGGGAAGGGACCCCCAGUAUUGGAAGGAUCCAGAGAAGUUUAUACCAGAGAGAUUCGAGGAAAGCUCCAUUGAUUUCAAAGGGAACAAUCUUGAAUACAUACCCUUUGGUGCAGGAAGGAGAAUGUGUCCUGGCAUGACAUUCGGGCUGGCCAACGUGGAGCUUCCGCUUGCUAUGCUUCUCUAUCAUUUCGAUUGGAAGAUGCCUAAGGGGAUCAAGAAUGAGGAUUUGGAUAUGACGGAGGCCUUCGGCGUCACCGUUAAAAGGAAACACCAUUUGCAUUUGAUUCCCAUUGUGAAGCGACCUCUUCCUGCAAGAUAGUUAUCAUGCAUGUUUUAUGUUUUCUUAUUGAGUUAUCUCCCAACUCACAAUAAAAAUAAAAUACGAAAUUCAAAUUAAGUAAUCAUAUAUGUUAUGUCUUCUUCUUA